GCGGCCCCGCUCUCUUUUGCCGGGAGCUCGCGGCGCGGGGGAGGCGGGAAGCUGCCAUGUCCUCCCCCAAGAAGGGCUUCUACCGCCAGGAGAUCACCAAGACCGCGUGGGAAGUGAAGGAGCGCUACCGGGAGCUGCAGGCGGUGGGAUCCGGAGCCUACGGCGCCGUCUGCUCAGCUAUUGACAGGAAAAAUGGAACAAAAGUGGCUAUUAAGAAGUUGUACCGUCCAUUUCAAUCGGAACUUUUUGCCAAGCGAGCCUAUCGGGAAUUGCGUCUCCUGAAACACAUGAAGCACGAAAAUGUGAUUGGACUGCUAGAUGUCUUCACACCAGAUGUGUCGCUGGAUAAGUUUAAUGACUUCUACCUUGUCAUGCCGUUUAUGGGAACAGACUUGAGUAAAAUAAUGAAGCAUGAGAAACUAACUGAAGACAGAAUCCAGUUCCUGGUCUAUCAGAUGUUAAAGGGCCUAAAGUAUAUCCACUCAUCAGGCAUAAUUCAUCGGGACUUAAAACCUGGAAAUCUAGCAGUAAACGAAGACUGUGAACUGAAGAUUCUGGAUUUUGGGCUAGCAAGGCAUACAGAUAGCGAGAUGACUGGCUACGUGGUUACCAGAUGGUACAGAGCCCCAGAAGUUAUACUUAACUGGAUGCAUUAUACACAAACAGUUGACAUCUGGUCAGUAGGCUGUAUCAUGGCUGAGAUGAUAACAGGAAGGCCGCUCUUCAAAGGCAACGAUCACCUGGACCAGCUAACAGAAAUAAUGAAAGUAACAGGCACGCCAACUCAAGAUUUUGUUCAGAAACUGCAAAGCCAAGAUGCAAAAAACUAUAUCAAAAGCCUUCCAAAAGUGCAGAAAAAAGACUUUGCUGCUAUCUUGAAGUAUGCAAAUCCUUUAGCUGUGAACCUUUUGGAGAAGAUGCUGGUGUUAGACGCAGAGAAGAGAGUGACGGCUGCGGAAGCUUUAGCGCACCCUUACUUUGAAGCCAUUCACGAUCCUGAAGAGGAGACCGAAGCAGAGAAAUACGACGACACUUUUGACAACAUGGAUCUGCCCCUGGAUGAGUGGAAAUGCAUCACAUUCAAAGAAGUGACAAACUUUAAGACUCCGCAGUUGCCCGAGUCGAAAGAGACAGCAGUGUAAAACCACAGGGACCAAUUUCCUUAGAAAUCAAAUGAAGGAAGGAGAGUGUAAAAAUUUAAAUAUAUAUAUAAUUUAAUUGUACAAACCUUUUUAUAAAUAAACUGGAUGUAAUCUGUCUAA